CAAUAAUGGCAUUUAUCUAAUUGACCGAGGCUUUGGGACGACUUAUCCCCCGAAACAACAUCAUAUGCUGAUGUCUAGAUUCUCUUGUCGCUGAGGCCGAGAACGCAGCCCGUGGAAAAACCACGGAUCACUAUACAACGGUCAAUAUUUCCUUUUUAGUAACAGAUGCCCUGAUAUCACUGAGCGCUUCAUAAUGAUGUUUUGCAAAGGGCCAACUAACAGAUUUUUCUCAAUUUUUGCACGGUGAUUAUUGUCAGCAAUCCCGAUUCAACUGAACAAUUUUUGGACAGUCCCUAUACCAGUGCAAACGAAGAUGAAAAAGCUAGAUACACUGCGACGAGAUGGUUGGACGAUGAACGACCCGUUCUGUUAUCUGUGUGGAAUGCACCUGGUAGGCUGGGACACGCGAUAUCAAAGGGAUGCAGAAGCCAGCAGAAUCUUCACUGAAAAAGAAGAGUGGACUGAGGAGCUGAAAAAUCAUCAGCGUGUCCAGGGUAAGCCCGGUGAUCUGGCACAAUUAUAUUUCAGGAUUCCCUGGAUAUGGCCUCGGCUUUAUCGAACAAUCUUCCAGCACCGAAGCCGUCAUAAAAUGCAAUUCCAUCUUUCAGGUGUAGCAUUGUUCAAUAAAUGGAGCCGUGAAGUCCUGAUUGCCCCAAGUGAUCCAAACGAAAUGAUCCUUGGAAAUCCUGGGCCAUGUCGCGAUAGAUUUCUCGAGGCCUAUGUGAAGAGUUCUAGAAUGAAUGAGCGACAAAAGUAUAGCAAUGCAUUCGCAUAUCCAAUUCACGAACGAUGCUGGUCUCUGAUGACACGAAUUCUUGAUGUUGAUCUUAUCCAACAAAACCUGGACCUGUUUGUGGAGGUCCUACUGAUCAGGUCCAACAUAAAGAUAUAUAACUUGUACAAGAUCUUUUGCGAAGAGCUGUACUGGAUGGGAUGGCUUGAAUAUGUUAACUACUCACCAAAAACAGACUGGAAGCC